GUUGCGGCUUCAUGUCACACAUGCGUACCGACAAAGUGAAUGGCACACGGGCGCAGAAGUGACACCGAGGCGAGCAGAGUGAGGGGGAGACUACCAGAGCUGAUCCGCGGCAGCUGGGUGAAGUCCACGCGAGGAGGUGAAGAAGAAGGAGGAGGAAAUAAAGCGCGCGUGGUGAGGAUGAAGAUGAAAGCCGCGGGAGGCUUUAUCCCACCACCAGCGUCUCCGAAAUUCAGGCUCUCUUAAGACGCACGGGGAGUCAAGGCACGUUGAAUUUGGGCCAGUUGAGAAAGUUCAGAGACUGUAUACAAUGGUUAUAAAUGGGUCUCACCUGAACAGCUCCUCGCCAGACCCCAGUGACACCGUCCUGAACCGCCCGCCGUGGGUUACCACAACUUUGGGCUGCUUCCUCAUCUUCACUAUCAUUGUUGACAUCCUGGGCAACCUCUUGGUCAUCUUCUCCGUGUAUCGAAACAAGAAGCUCAGAAACGCAGGGAACAUCUUUGUGGUGAGCCUGGCAGUUGCAGACCUUGUGGUGGCCAUCUACCCGUACCCUCUGGUCCUCACCUCCAUCUUCCACAAUGGCUGGAACCUGGGUUACGUUCACUGCCAGAUCAGCGGUUUCCUCAUGGGAGUCAGUGUCAUCGGCUCCAUCUUCAACAUCACCGGCAUUGCCAUCAACCGAUACUGUUACAUCUGCCACAGCCUCAAGUAUGAUAAACUGUACAGUGACAAAAACUCUGUCUGUUAUGUGAUGUUAAUCUGGGCGCUGACUGUGGUGGCCAUUGUGCCCAACCUGUUUGUGGGUUCACUUCAGUAUGACCCACGGAUUUACUCCUGCACCUUUGAACAAUCAGCAAGCUCAGCGUACACUAUUGCAGUGGUUUUCUUUCACUUUAUUUUACCCAUCAUGAUUGUCACAUACUGCUACCUGCGCAUUUGGAUAUUGGUCAUACAGGUGAGGAGACGGGUCAAGCCAGACAACCGUCCCAAGCUGACGCCGCAUGAUGUAAGAAACUUUGUCACCAUGUUUGUGGUGUUUGUGCUCUUCGCUGUUUGCUGGGCGCCGCUCAACUUCAUCGGCCUGGCCGUAGCGAUCAGACCAGAGGUGGUGAUUCCUCUCAUCCCCGAGUGGUUAUUUGUGGCCAGCUACUUCAUGGCCUACUUCAACAGCUGCCUUAACGCCAUAGUGUAUGGUGUGCUGAACCAGAACUUCCGGCGAGAGUACAAGCGCAUCGUAGUGUCAGUGUGCACAGCACGCAUCUUCUUCCAGGACAGCUCCAACGAUGCAGGGGAGAGGCUAAAGAGUAAACCGUCACCACUCAUGACCAACAAUAACCAGGUCAAGGUGGACUCUGUCUGAUCCAGAACUCAGAGGACUACUGAGCAGACAUGAACAGAUAUGCUGUGACUGAGUGUAAAAAACAAAAGGAAAAAAAGAAAAAACAAAAAAGGCAGAGUGAGAAAAAUACCAAAUAUAAAUAUAAAACAGCUUCUGUCCUCUGAGCUGUCCACAGACUGUCACAUGGUGCUAUCCAACCUCUGAACAAUCACAGUAAAAACAGGGGUGCAUAUUAUCUUUGUCUUUUACCAAGCACUUUUGUUUGACUCUGCAGUACCUGUAGUACAGUAAAUAUAUGAUGUCUGUUUUGUUUUCAUGUUUACAGUGAUGAUAUAAAUGUAUCAUGCAUUAUAUAAGUAUUUAUUUUGUAUGAAAUGUCAUGUAGAUAUAUAAUAAGAUAUAUCUGUUUCCAGUUAAAUGAAGACAACGUUUUAUCAGGCCAAUAAAAAAAAAAAAAUACAAAACUUGGGUUAAAAAAUA